CUCUUGGGGGCAUAAUGUCCAAGUUGAUUUUGUACGGAACAGAGGCUAGUCCUCCAGUUCGCGCCGCCAAAUUGACCUUGGCCGCCCUUGGCAUUCCCUACGAAUACGUCAAAAUAAAUACCCUGGCCAAGGAGACCCUUUCGCCUGAGUUCCUGCGCAAGAAUCCCCAGCAUACGGUGCCCACUUUGGAGGACGAUGGCCACUUCAUCUGGGACUCACACGCCAUCAGCGCCUAUCUGGUGUCCAAGUAUGGCCAGAGUGACGAUCUUUAUCCGAAGGAUCUUCUCCAGCGUGCUGUGGUGGACCAGCGAUUGCACUUCGAGUCGGGAGUGGUCUUUGUCAACGGACUGAGAGGCAUCACCAAGCCACUCUUUGCCUCCGGCCAGACCACGAUUCCCAAGGAGCGCUACGAUGCCGUCAUAGAGAUCUACGACUUUGUAGAGACUUUCCUCACCGGACACGAUUUCAUGGCCGGAGAUCAGCUGACCAUUGCGGACUUUAGCCUCAUCACAUCGAUCACCGCACUGGCGGUAUUCGUGGACAUCGAUCCGGUAAAAUAUGCCAAAGUAACUGCGUGGAUCAAGAGGAUUGAGGAAUUACCCUAUUACGAGGAGGCAUGUGGCACAGGUGCCCGGGAUUUGGUGACCCUCCUCAAGAAAUUCAACUUUACCUUCUCAACUUAAUAUUUUCUUCCUAAUAUGUAAUGAAUUGAAUUGAAUGAAUGAUAAUUAUAAUGAAUUAAUUAAUUAAGCCGGAUUCUGCAUACUGAUACAAGACAACAUGGCGUAUACAUGAUAAUGAAGCUAAUUUUCGUAUGAUAUGUUGUUAGUUUUUAAUUGAAAUUUGGUUAGUAUCGUUUUAAUUCGCCAAGAGGACAAUAUCGGCAAUAAUGAUAUUAGCACUUUAAUUACACCAAUCAGGCAACCGAAUAACUCAAUCAUGCAGCCAUUAAAAUAACUAUUGGAAAAUGAUUUUAAAAAAUUUCGUUAUCUUAUGAUUUCGAUUAUAGACAGUUUCAAAAACCCCAUGACUUGUAUUUUCUACCCGCCUUCUGUUUACUCAUUUUCACAUUUGAUAAGCGGUUAUCUCUCUAUGCGGUUUUUAUAGUGCUAUGUUUUCGCUAAAAGCCUUUUAAUCAGUUUUAUUAACUCUAGAUGUUGGGAUAGGUUAUAAAUAAACAUAAAAUGGAAGAAAGUGCAAAAGUGUAGGUUACUCAAACAGUGAAGUCUGUAUGACAAAGAUAUAAGCAUAUUACAAUAAAGAAUUAUUAAGAAAA